AUGGGAGUGAAGGUUGAUGGUCGGCAGCUACACCAUUUGCGCUUUGCUGAUGACAUCGUACUGAGGCAAGCGGAACGAAUGCUGACCGAAUUCGACGAAACAUGUGGAUGCAUCGGUCUUCAGCUGAAUCUACAAAAGACGAUGUUCAUGCGGAACGGAUGGGUCUCGGAUGCCCCAUUCACGCUCAACGGAACGAACAUAUCCGAAUGCAUCAGCUACGUUUAUCUGCGUCGGGAACUGAACAUGAUGAACGACCUGACCCCCGAGCUGGGCAGGAGGAGACGAGAGGCUUGGGGAGCGUACAAGAGCAUCGAGGAUGUAGUGAAGAAGACCAGGAACACCCUGCUCCGUGCUCACCUCUUCAACACCACCGUACUUCCUGCUUUGACCUAUGCUUCGGAAACCUGGGCAUUUCGCAGGCACGAAGAAAACGCGGUGAGCGUCAUUGAACGCGCAAUUGGGAGAGUGAUGCUGGGAGUAUCCCGUUUCACGCAAGUGAGGGACUGGAUUCGAAGUUCUCUCCUACGCCAGCGAUCGAAGAUUAGAGACGCCGCCGCGUUUCCCAAGAAAAGUAAAAUAAGGUGGGCCGGACACGUGAUGCGCUUUAAUGACAACCGUUGGACCAGAGCCGUGAGCGACUGGGUUCCCCGCGAUAUUAAGCGCACUACAGGAAGACCCCUGACCCGAUGGUCAGAUUUCUUCACGAAGCCCUUCAAAGAAAAAUAUGAAGCUCUUCGUGUCCCACGCGAAAGGAGGAACCACUGGGCUACUCUGGUACGCGAUCGGGACAAAUGGAAGAAUUACUGGCGUCCGCUCGACCAGUUCGAAGAUCAACGGGAGUCAAGGUGA